AUGAUGGCACAAAUACCAGAAGGGCUUCGUUGUAAUCUUUGUACACUCCGUUUAAGUGUAGAAUUGGAUGAACGAAUUCAACUAGUUAGUUGUGCCCAAGUUAGUGUAAAACCUGCAGAAAAAGGAGUAGAGGAGGUUGGAGGAGAGGAGGAAGCUGAGAAAGAAUGUAAAGAAAAUAAAGAAUGUUUAUUUGGAGGAAAUUGUUUGGAUGGAAAUUGUUUUUGUUUAAAUGGAAGGUUUGGAGAAUAUUGCAAAAAUGGUAAGGAAGGAUUGAAUAAAUUUAAUUUUCGGGGAUUUCUUUGCUCAAAAGAGGCGUUGUUUCCAGGGUUGACUCGUUUUCAAAAAAAUCGAGAAGUUCCGAUUUCAGCUUGUAUUAAACGUCCCACGGCUUCGGGUUCGACCGUACGUGUAAUUCUUUCGAUAUUCCAAAUAUAUAGAAAAAUCAAAAUCCAGUAA